AGUGGUUGACGACGGAGGAGGAGAAGAAGAAGAAGAAGUUGCCAGCAUGGCGUUUACUCUCUACUCUCUCAUCCAGACCGCUAUUCUCUGCACUAAUGCAGUCGCUGUGUUGCACGAAGAAAGGUUCCUCAGCAAAUUCGGCUGGGGAGUUGAUCAGGGAGUUGGAGGUUUUGGAGAUGAUCCAGGAAUCAAAGCGCAGAUUCUCACCCUCAUCCGCUCAGUCCGGACCGUCAUGAGAGUGCCUUUGAUUAUAGUGAACUCGGCCUGCAUCGUGCUGUUGUUACUGUUUGGUUGACACUCAUCACCAAAACGAAGCCGGAGGACCAGACGUGCCAAGGAAAAACCACACAGACACAGAAAUAUCCGUUAUUCAGAGACUGAUUCAGUCAGAAAAAUCAACCUGCAGGUGUUUACAUCCAAAGAGAAGAAGAAUAGACCAGUGAAUUCUUGCUGCUGUGGACUUAUCAUCAACUCUCAGAUAACCUGCUGGUCACUGUGACACAAAAAAGACAAAACGGAAAUAAUCUUUUAGUUGUAACACCACACUUGAAGAUGAUUUUCUCCUCAUUCAUUGUUGUUCUGCACAGUAUUCUUGUUUUUACACAUUGAGAAGAGUCUGUUACAAUGAUUUUAUGAUGUGUUAUUAUGUUACAAUUACAAAACUUAUUAAAGAAGUGUUUUCAGCA